CUCAACUCAUUCCAUUGGAUUAUAUUGAUCAUAUUUAUAUGCCACAAAAUAUAUUCGAUUCUCUUAAUCAAUCAACACGGACAUCAAUCAAAGCAGUUUUUGAAAACCGUAUCACCAUCACUCAACAUGAAAGCGUAGACAAACCUGAUGGUGUAUUUGGUCCUACGCCUCCAACACAAGCACGAGCCGAUUAUCAAGAUUUUGUUGUCAAGGAAUUAAUCCAACGAUUUGGCAAUCGUGACGAGAAGUCUCAGCCAAGGCCUGUUGAAGGUAUCGUCGUUACUAUCCCGUCAACCAGCUUUACUGAACAUUCAGUUUUGCCUUUGAGAAUUUCUCAAGCUUACAAGCAAUAUUGCCGUGAUCAUAAAACAUCAUCUGUUGACAAAACUAUUUUUAUCUAUUGGCAAGUAAUGAAUGGAGAUAUGAUGUUGACAUUAUCCAACGAACACAUCGAUUUACAUCAGGAAAAACCAAAUUUCAGUUGCUUAAUAUGUUACAUCGCCGAAACGCCAGAAUCAAAGAAUACUCAGUAUCACGAACAGCCAUCGUAUUUGAAUAUUGGUUCUCCGUUUCAACAUGACUUAGUCAUGAAAAAGCAUACAUAUGCUGCUAGUUCAAAUCGAUUCUAUGUCGGAUGUAAUACUGGAGAUUUUUUAACAUUGUGUCUCGAGAUUCAACUAUCAACUGGAAAAGUUAUUCUGUCGCAUGCUGGUUCAAAUUCAAUUUAUAAUCGGACAACUAUUACUUAUAAAUCUGAUAAAUCACAACUUAAUUUAGCCGCCUUGGAAUUUCUUCAUGUAAGCGCUGGUACUCGCAUAGUGCCAAUUCGAAAUUUAAUGAUCUGUUUCGAGAAACAACCUGAUUUACAUCCAACAGCUGAUACACAAUUUAGCAAAACGUCGAGCGCGCUCGAUGAAAUGGGCGUUUUAUUACCAUUAAACUAUCAGAUAAUGCCAGCACGCACAAUGCCAAAUAUUCGCAUCCUUGUCGCUUCUCUGAGCUCUGUCGAAAUCGUGAAGCGCACUUAA